AUGGAUGUGACCAUCCCUUCCAGCGGCUCGCAGAGAUCCCAGGGCCGAAGAAAGAGAAUGGUUUUGAGCCAAAACCAGCUCCGUGUCCUGCAAGCAUCGUUUGAACAGAACCCCUACCUGGGUAUAACAACCAGAGAAGAACUGGCCCAAGAGAUUGGCAUUGAAGAGUCGAGGGUCCAGGUUUGGUUCCAGAACCACAGAAGAAGACACCUGAGGAAGAGCCGGCCGGCCUCUGCGGCUGCCUCAGCAUCAGCGGCUGGGGAGCAGCUUCCCCCUCGGUGUCCAGGAAGAGUCCCCAAGGCGGCCAGACGGAAGCGGACAUCCAUCAGCAGAUGGCAAGCCAGUGUGCUGGUGGAGGCCUUCCAGGAGAACCGGUGGCCAGGGAUCCAGACCAGAGAGGAACUGGCUCGACAAACAGGCAUCCCUGGGUCACGAAUCCACAGCUGGUUUCAGAACCGAAGAGCUUGCCAGGCGAAGGACAGGAUACCCAGGGAUUGCGGGGCCAGCAGCUCCCCUCAGAGGCCUGAGGUGAAUUGCAAGGACUGUGGGGCUUUUGGACACACGGCAAGAAGCAAGACGUGCCCCAUGAAGUGCUGGGGUAGGGCUGUUGUACCCCAAGCCUUAGGCUCAAAUAAGAAGGAGAACGUGGAGCCAAGGAAGCCCCAGGGACCCCAGGCCCCAGGCCUCUUUAAGAAGAUGGAAAGGGAGAAGGCACAAGGACAAAGGGCCAAGGAGACUGUCAAGAUGGCAAGCAACAUGCUGGCACGGCAGGAUCGGGUGGCCGAGACUCUUGUCAGAAAGAAACACAGGCAGCAGGCAGUGGAUUCCUUCAUUAAUCGAAUUGAGCAAAAGCAUGGCCAUGGCUCCGAGGAUAGCCUGCCAGACAUCCCCUCCUCCCAGGCAGACUGCAAUGGUGACCAGUGUGAGGUGCAGCUGGUGGAGUCUGGGGGAGGCCUGAGUCAGCCUGGGGCGUCUCUGAGACUCUCCUGUGCAGCCUCUGGGUUCACCUUCAGUGACUACAGGGUGGCCUGGGUCCGCCAGGCUCCAGGGAAAGGCCUGAAAGACAACGACAAGAACACACUGUACCUGCACAUGAACAGUCUGGAAGUGGAGGACACAGGCGUGUAUUACUGUGCAAGUGACACAACGAGUCCCUUGGAGUCUGCGCUGGGAUGGGUUUUCCUUGUUGCUGUUUUCAAAGGUGUCCAGUGUGAGGUGCAGCUGGUGGUGUCCGGGGGAGGCCUGAGUCAGCCUGGGGGGUCCCUGAGACUCUCCUGUGCAGCCUCUGGAUUCACCUUCAGCAGUUAUGCCAUGAUCUGGGUCCGCCAGGCUCCAGGGAAGGGCCUGCAGUGGGUCGCAGUUAUCAGUAGUGACGGUAGUUACAUAUACUACGCAGACUCCGUGAAGGGCCACUUCACCAUCUCCAGAGACAACGCCAAGAACACGCUGGAUCUGCAAAUGAACAGUCUGAAAGUCGAGGACGCGGCCCUGUAUUACUGUGUGAGAGGCACAGUGAGGGGAAGUCAGUGUGAGCCUAGACAAAAACCUCCCCUGCAGGGAUAA